AUGGUAGCCACUGAUUACUACUCCCUGAUCGACGAGGGUGUCGACAGUGUCCCACCAGACUGGUUCGACAAACAGCGAGGCCGUCUUAAGAGUAAGAACGAAGCACUACGAGGGUAUCUCUACACCGAGAUCGAUGUCCUGAAAUCCUUUCACGACGGAGAGCUCGGAUACGGUGAAGCUGCACAUGCAAUUACCAGGCCAGACUCCGACUCGCCUGUGCCAAAACUGGACACUUACGAGGAUGAGAUCCAUGUUAUCUGUCAUCUAUGGAGAUUAUUGAAAGACGCUCUUGUAGAGUGGCCAUCUACCCGCACGCCUGGCGUAAUAAAGCUUUGUCUUGCCAUAUCUCAAGUGCCAGACAAGAUACACAACGGGGAAGCAACAGAUGAUGAUUACCAACCACUGACAUGGGAUGAUCUUCCCUAUUUUGGUAUGGUUUGGACUGAUGCCCACUGGAUGCUUCCAAAGAAUAUCCUGGAGACACAGAAGUAUAUGGAUAUCGCUGGUAGGCGCCAGGCACGCGAUGUAUAUGUCAAGCAGCAGAAUGUCGAGGCCCAGCUUGUCAUGGCGGAGAUACUAUUAUGGCGAACAGCCUGUUGGGCCAUCACCUACGCCCUAGAACGGGAAGAUGGUAAAGAGGAAGAUUAUGGACAGAUGAAGGGAGAUGAAUCGGAAUCGGCGGAGAUGGAGGUUAAAGAGAAAGGGUUAUUGGACGAGAAGGAUUUCGAGAUUCCAGCGGCAGCCUGCUGGAUUGAACAUGCUUGUAAGAAGCUGUAUUCUAGGCUGGUGCAAGACGAACCUCGAAAAGAGCCUCGCGACUGGGAGCUAUGGGACGGCAUGCGCCAGCAUCAGUUUAGUCAGUCGCUUGACCGAUGGGAUUACUGGAUGGACCGUUUUCGGGUGGCAGCUAGAGACUUCUCCGACGACUACACACGGGAGAGAGCAAGGGCAGCGUUGCAGACGAUGGAGAGAAUUAAGAGGGACGCCAUCGAAACUAGGGAUUGA